UGCUUCCCUCAUUGCUCUCUCAUUGCCCCUUUUUUUUAAAGAGCUCUCUCCCUUAUAUCACCCCUUCUUUGUUAGGUCACCCAAUUCUCUGAGUUUCUUUCUGCUUACUCCUUAAUUUCUCUCUCUCUCUCUCUCUCUCUCUGGAUGGAGUACAUGGAAGCUCAAGAAGAAUUCAUGGGCUCUAAUGAUCUUUCUCAGAUCGUUAAAGGCAAGCGUACAAAGCGGCUGAGGUCAUCAUCCGCCAUCACCUCUAGCUCAUCCAGUGGUUUUGGUGGUUCAGGCGGGGGAGGAGAAACAGGAUUUGUUGUAGAGGAACAUGGUUCAAUUUCCUCUCCUGCAAGUUGUAGUGAGAUUUAUGAGAGCACGGAAGAAGAAGAAGAUAUGGCUAAUUGCCUGAUUUUAUUAGCUCAAGGUGACGGUCCCAGCAGGCAGGAGCAGGUGAGUGCAAGAAAAUUCUCUGAUGCUUCUGCUACAACAAACAAGGCUGAUUUCUAUGUUUAUGAGUGCAAAACGUGUAACCGUACCUUCCCUUCCUUCCAAGCAUUAGGUGGUCACAGAGCAAGUCACAAAAAGCCUAAGUCCAUAGUCGAAGAGAAGAAGGGUCUUCUGGCUUCACCAUUGUUGGACGAUCUUGAAGAUUGCCAAUUGAAUAAAAGUAGCAGUACUACUUCUAGUUCUGAUCAUCUUCAUCAUCUUCAACCUCAACCUCCUCGUUCUCUUCAGAUAUCUAACAAGGGUUUUAAUUUUCUUGGUAAUAAUAAGGCCAAGAUUCAUGAGUGUUCAAUUUGUGGCUCUGAGUUCACUUCUGGUCAAGCCCUUGGAGGUCACAUGAGGAGACACAGAGCUAACACAGGCAGUAAUAAUCAAGUGGCUAUCACCACCACUGAUUCUAAUCAUAUUAAUAGUGAUGAUCAGAUCAAGCCAAGAAACAUUUUGUCUUUAGAUCUUAACCUUCCGGCGCCGGAGGAAGACCAUCACCACCGUGAAUCCAAGUUCCAAUUUGCAUCCACAAAACAAGCUCUAGUGUUCUCCUCCCCAGCCUUGGUGGAUUGCCAUUACUGAGGGGAAAAAGAUAUAUUUUCAUAUAGGAUAUCAAUGUGAAUUGUUAUUUUCAAUUAGAAUUAUAUAUUCUAAUUCACAAUAAUUACCAAUUCGUUGAAUUCUUAAUUUUUGUUUAAUUUUUAUAUUAUAUUAACUCAUUUUUUGAUCAUA